AUCCAUUAAGACAAGGAGGAGCCACAACCAUAUUUUCUCAAUUCAAAAUUAUGUUGGUGAAUGGAUUACUGAUGAAGAUGAGAUUCGUAGGAGUGCUGCUGAUUUCUUUGAAGAGUACUUUAUGGGGACUCCUCAAGUCAUUUGCCAGCCACUUUGCCUUCCUGUGUACCGUUCAUUGGACAUUUCUGAAGUUGCAUCCCUAUCGAGAGAAUUCACUACUGAAGAAAUCAAGGUUGUGGUUUUUGUAGCAGACGAUGACAGUGCCCCCGACACCGAUGGAUUUGGCACUUUGUUUUUCAAAGAAACUUGGGAGGUAACACGUAUGGAUGUAACUGAUGGCAUUUUAGAUUUCUUCAACAAUCUAACUAUGCCAGAGCAGCUCAAGCUCUCCAGGCUUAUGUUGGUGCCAAAGGGUGCAUCUCAAAACUCUUUCAACAACUUCUGGCCUGUUGCAGUGAGCUCCCUUCUCUACAGAUUUAUUGCAAAGCUUUUAGUUAACAGGAUCAAGCUUGUGUUACACAAACUUGUUGGCCCAAACCAAUCCGCAUUUAUGGAAGGACGGCAAAUCUCGAACAAUAUUCUAUUGUGCCAAGAGCUCCUACAUGAUUACCAUUGUGACAUGGGAAUGCCCCGAUUUGUUGCAAAGCUUGAUCUGCUUAAGGCUUACGAUUCUGUCCAAUGGAGCUUUUGGUUCACCUUGCUCAAUUACCUAAACUUCCCACCGUAG